CGGCAGACGGCAGAGGCGCCGCUGCAGGCUCAUCGCGGGAGGAAGUGGCACUUGGCGAGCGGCGGCCGGCAGCCGGAGCCAGCGCCGGCGGCCCCAGUGCAGUGCAGCGCAGCGGCCGCCGCUGCAGCCAGCCGCCAUGAUCCGCUCGCUACGCACCACAGUCCUCCGGAGCAACUCGGACCGCGCCGCCAAGUGGCUGCGGCGCCAGGCGGAUCCCAGCGCGGCGUUCCUGCGCGCAGCCCGAGCUGGUCAACUCGAACGAGUCCUCGAACACCUCGACAACGGGGUCGACAUCAACACGUCCAACGCGAAUGGACUAAAUGCUCUCCACUUAGCAGCAAAAGAUGGCCAUUUGGAAAUUGUAUCAGAGCUACUCAAACGAGGAGCAACUGUUGAUGCAGCCACAAAGAAAGGCAAUACAGCUCUUCAUAUCGCAUCACUUGCUGGGCAGGAAGAGGUAGUGAAACUUCUGGUUAAGAGUGGAGCUGCAGUCAAUGCACAGUCACAGAAUGGCUUCACUCCAUUGUACAUGGCUGCUCAAGAAAAUCACGAUGGUGUUGUAAAAUUCCUUCUAAGCAAAGGAGCCAACCAGAGUCUUGCCACAGAGGAUGGUUUCACUCCGUUGGCUGUUGCAAUGCAGCAGGGCCAUGAUAAAGUUGUUGCUGUACUUCUUGAGAACGACACAAGGGGUAAAGUGCGCCUCCCUGCCCUUCACAUAGCUGCGAAGAAGGAUGACUGCAAAGCAGCAGCCCUUCUGUUACAGAACGACCAUAAUCCUGAUGUCACAUCCAAAAGUGGAUUCACACCACUGCACAUUGCAGCUCAUUAUGGAAAUGAAAAUAUUGCCAACUUGCUGUAUGAAAAAGGGGCUGAUGUGAACUACUCUGCAAAGCAUAACAUCACUCCACUUCAUGUAGCCUGUAAGUGGGGGAAGAUUAAUAUGGUGUCGCUACUGAUCGACAAGGGAGCCAAUAUUGAAGCAAAAACUAGAGAUGGGCUGACACCACUACAUUGUGCAGCUAGGUCUGGACAUGAUCAGGUCGUGGAUCUGUUGUUAGAGAACAAAGCUCCUAUACGUUCGAAGACUAAGAACGGUCUUGCACCACUUCAUAUGGCAGCACAAGGAGAUCAUGUAGAUGCGGCUCGAAUCCUCCUGUAUCAUCGGGCUCCUGUGGAUGAUGUGACUGUGGACUACCUGACAGCAUUACAUGUUGCUGCGCACUGCGGUCAUGUUCGUGUUGCCAAAUUGCUUCUAGACCGGAAGGCUGAUCCAAAUGCUCGUGCCCUUAAUGGCUUCACACCACUGCAUAUUGCAUGCAAGAAAAACAGGAUAAAACUUGUUGAACUGCUUUUGAAGUACAAUGCCUCAAUUGAAGCUACAACAGAGUCGGGUUUGACACCUCUUCAUGUGGCAAGUUUCAUGGGCUGUAUGAAUAUAGUCAUUUAUCUUCUACAACAUAAUGCAAAUCCCGAUAUCCCAACAGUUCGAGGAGAAACUCCUUUGCAUCUAGCAGCCAGAGCAAAUCAGACUGACAUAAUCAGGAUAUUGUUACGGAAUGGAGCUCAAGUAGAUGCCAAGGCUAGGGAAGAGCAAACUCCACUCCACGUGGCAUCACGACUAGGAAAUACUGAUAUUGUUAUGUUGUUACUUCAACAUGGUGCAGCAGUUGAUGCCACUACCAAGGAUCUUUACACACCAUUGCACAUUGCAGCAAAAGAGGGUCAGGAUGAGGUUGCUUCAGUCUUGCUGGAAAAUGGUGCUUCCUUGACAGCAACAACCAAGAAAGGAUUUACACCACUGCAUCUUGCAGCUAAAUAUGGAAACCUUAAAGUUGCAAAACUGCUAUUACAGAAGGAUGCUCCUGUUGAUGCUCAGGGGAAGAAUGGUGUUACUCCUCUUCAUGUCGCAAGUCACUAUGAUCAUCAGAAUGUGGCAUUACUACUUUUAGACAAGGGUGCUUCUCCUCAUGCAACUGCCAAAAAUGGACAUACUCCACUUCACAUAGCUGCAAGAAAGAACCAGAUGGAUAUUGCGACCACUCUCUUAGAGUAUGGUGCCAAGGCAAAUGCUGAGUCAAAGGCUGGUUUCACACCCCUUCAUUUGGCAUCACAGGAAGGCCACACUGAUAUGGCAUCACUGUUGAUUGAACAUCAGGCUGAUCCUAACCACAAAGCCAAGAAUGGUCUCACUCCACUCCAUUUAUGUGCCCAAGAAGAUAAAGUCAAUGUUGCAGCUAUAUUGGUGAAGAAUGGUGCUGAGGUGGAUUCUACAACAAAGGCAGGCUAUACCCCUCUCCAUGUGGCAUCACACUUUGGACAACUCAACAUGGUCCGUUUCCUAUUGCAACAUGGUGCAAAUGUGGACAAGAGCACAGCCGUCGGAUAUACUCCGUUGCACCAGGCUGCUCAGCAGGGUCACAUGCUUGUUAUCACAUUACUUCUGGAAAAUAAAGCCAAGCCAAAUGCUCUCACAAAUCAAGGACAAACUGCUUUGUCAAUUGCACAGAAACUGGGCUAUAUCAGUGUUGUUGAGACACUGAAAGUUGUGACUGAAACAACAGUAACCACCACCACCACUACUACGAUCGAAGAAAAGUACAAGGUCGUAGCGCCAGAGUCGAUGCAAGAAACAUUCAUGUCUGAUUCUGAGGAUGAAGGUGGUGGUGACGAAGUGUUGGAUAUGGCGAUGAAUGUUUACGGAAAACCUACCCAUGCCCAACAUGUCUACUUGCCUUACUACCAAGGUCAAAUGCAGUAUACACGUGAAGAUCCAGGAAUGAAUGAUCAUCAGCAGUACCGUUACAUGACAGUCGAUGACAUGAAAUCGCUUGGUGAUGAUUCUUUGCAAAUUGAUGUCACUAGGGAUGAGAGGAUUGAUGCCAAUAGGAUGUCAGUUGCUCCUGGUGGUAUAACUGAAGUCAUUUUAGCGCCACAACACACAAAGGAGAGUUAUGUCCAGGCCGUCAACCAAUAUAACACUCUGCAUGCACCAGACAAUGUCGAUAUUGCACGCCAUCCUGUACACAUGGGCAUCAUUUUAAACAGACUUGAUGAUUCUUUGGCUUGCCUUGGACCAAUUCCAUUAUCAGCAGCGAUGUGGCGUGAAAGCAUUCCCCAUUGGAGAAAUUUUCUCGUGAGCUUCUUGGUGGAUGCUCGUGGGGGUGCAAUGCGUGGAUGCAGACAUUCCGGAGUGCGUGUAAUUGUUCCUCCACGUAAAGCAGCAAUGCCAAUGCGCAUCACAUGCCGCUAUCUCCGCAGGGACAGGUUAUCAAAUCCACCUCCAUUAAUGGAAGGGGAGGCACUUGCUAGCAGAAUCCUUGAAUUAGGACCUGUUGGAGCGAAAUUCCUUGGACCAGUGAUUAUAGAAGUUCCUCACUUUGCCUCACUUCGAGGCAAAGAACGUGAGAUUAUAAUUCUCCGUUCUGACAAUGGAGAUACAUGGAGGGAGCACACACUUGAAGCGAGUGAAGAAGCUGUUCAGGAUGUUUUGAAUGAAAGUUUUGAAGGAGAAGAAAUGAGCCAACUUGAAGAUCUCCAUACAAAUCGUAUAACACGUAUUCUUACGGUUGACUUCCCACAUUACUUUGCUGUUGUAUCUCGAGUGAAGCAGGAAGUGCAUGCUAUUGGUCCUGAAGGAGGCAUGGUGUCCUCAAGUGUUGUUCCCCAAGUACAAGCAGUAUUUCCACAAGAUGCCCUUACCAAAAAGAUCAGAGUUGGAAUUCAGGCUCAACCUAUCUCUGCUGAUUUGGCAGCAAAACUCCUUGGGAACAGAGUUGCUGUUUCACCUAUUGUCACUGUUGAGCCAAGAAGACGAAAAUUCCACAAACCAAUCACACUGACAAUACCUGUUCCACAAGCAGCAAAUAAAGGGAUGAUAAAUCAGUAUUCUGGAGAUGCACCAACACUCAGGUUGCUGUGCAGCAUUACAGGUGGAACAACAAGAGCGCAGUGGGAGGAUGUUACUGGUUCUACUCCUCUGACAUUUGUGAAGGACUGUGUUACAUUUACUACAACAGUUUCAGCGCGAUUUUGGCUAAUGGACUGCAGGAACAUAGCAGAUGCAACCAAAAUGGCAACUGAGCUAUAUCGUGAAUCUAUACAUCCCCCAUUUAUGGCAAAAUUUGUUGUAUUUGCAAAACGAGUUGAUCUGUUAGAAGCAAGACUGCGUGUGUUUUGUAUGACUGAUGACAAAGAAGAUAAGACACUGGAACACCAGGAACAUUUUACAGAAGUGGCUAAAAGCAAAGAUGUUGAGGUGCAAGAAGGGAAGACAGUGUACAUUGAAUUUGCUGGUAAUCUGGUUCCUGUGAUGAAGUCUGGUGACCAACUACAAAUGGGUUUCAGAGCAUUCAAAGAAAAUCGUUUACCUUUCACUGUACGAGUAAAAGAUCCAGAUGAAGAUACUGUUGGUAGAAUACUUUUUAUGAGAGAACCAAAGGUUGCUAAAGGGGAACCAGCUCAAACACCUAUUUGUACUCUCAACAUAGUGCUACCUGAUAAUGUUAUUCCUGAUGCUGGACCAUCAGAACCAGACUUGCUGGAACUAGAAAAAAAUUACAGUUUCCUUCGAGAUGGCAUCAGUCAUCCAGAUGCUAUUCAUCGGGCUGACAUACGCCUCUCAGAUAUAUCAAACCUUCUUGGAUCAGACUGGGUGGCCUUAGCUGGUGAGCUAGGAGUCUCAACUUCAGAUGUAAAUCUAAUAAAGACUGAAUAUCCAGACAAUGUGAAUCAACAAGCCAUGGUGAUGCUGCGAUUGUGGCUUCAGACAUCGGGUAAUAAAGCAAAUGGAAAUGUGUUGGAAAAAGCACUACGAAAAAUAAAUAGGGAUGAUAUUGUGAACCAGUGUGUCUUUAAUGUGGAGCUUGUGACAGAUGACAUGGAACGUGCUGUAGCUAAAGUUCAUCUUGACCAAUCUGGUUUUGACAACCUCCGAGAGGAGCUUGGACCAUCUCGAGAUGCAACUCUUCGACGAAAUACAAGUCUUGAUCCUUCUUACACAGAGCAAGAUUUAAUGAAGGAGUCUGAAUCUGUUGAAGAACUGGUAAACUCCGAGAAACAGGCCAAAGAUAAAGGUGAUGAAAAAAUGGAAGGACUUGAGCGGAAGGAUUAUGUAGAAGGUGAGGAAAAGUAUGCAGCUGAAGAAAAGGAUGUUAAAGGAAUUAUGGAAGAUUUUCUGUCUCAUGAGAAAGGACAGACAUAUAGAAAUGAGAUACAGAAAGUUUCAGAUCAGUUAGAGAAGCUAGAUGUUUCAUCACCCCACAUUGUUGAGACAACUGUAAUAACAAAGAAGGAGAUUCACUCACCAAAAUCAUCCAAGACACCACCUCCAAGUCCAGCAGAAUUCCAAGAUAAUUUAGGUUUCUCGGACGGCAAACCACAGCUAUUUGGGUCGCAUGCUGAAAGUCGCACUGCACUUGACACUAGCAUAGAUCUUAGUUCGCAUGAUGGCCACAUUCCCACUGUCAGGCUGCAUGAGGAAGGUCCAAUUGUCACCUCCACGCCACAGCCACGCUUGAAACCUGUGCGCAAAGCAUCCAGAUCUUCCCAUGAUGACCCUUCUACAGCUGUAAUGGAGGAUGUUCAAUGGGACUUUGGUUCUGACAAUGAGACACAAGGAAAUGUUAUUGUGAAAACCAUCAGAACUAUAUAUGGGGAUCCAAAUGCCAUUGAAAAUGAGAAAUUCAUCCAAAAUGAGGCUACAGUGAGUGGGAAAGUUGCUUUGAGUCCAUCUGGCAAGCUUGAAGAUAAAGAAUGUUUUAGCCCCACUAAACAAAAUUCAGAAAGUAAAGAAGAUGUGGAAGAGCCACAAUUUAGUGCUGUGUACACACCAAAACCAGCACUUCGCUUAAGCAAGGUUUCUGGGAGUGUUACAGACAAUGUACUUGUAAAUGUUGGCAGCAGUGUUCCAAGUAAAAAUGCCAUCUAUGAAGAAACAAAGUCUGUAACACAUUCGCUGCAGUCUUCUCCUGGUGACAAAAGUGCUGAUGGUGAUGCAGUUAAUAGCCUUGCUGUGAACAUGAACGAUGAGAGGUGCAGCACCAAUUCUGUGACUGUGAACAGUGAUUCGGAUGUGGAAACUGACAGUAUGGCAUCUCCACUGUCAGGGAUGAGGGUAUCCAUCAGGAGAAGGACCAUUGGCAGCUCCAGUGGCUCCGAUGUCGCACUGCAUGAAGGCAACGACCUCUCAGAUGAUGACCAUCCAGUGUUUGCCAGUAGAUGGUAUGGCUUGAGUCGACGCUGGCUCGUCCCAGCUUGCUUCCUGUUGGCUCUGUUAGCCUGUGUCGCGCUGCAUGGCUGUGCCUCCCCAUACACUCUAGUGAUGCACCGCUUCUUAUCCCAUGUCGUUGCUGCUCAUGGGUCUGAUUACUUUCAAGGAACAGAUCAACAGAUCUUCUCUGAGACAGUCACCACUGAUUUUGAUCCAGCAACACAAAGAAAGACAGUGACCACCCGUACAGUAACUACGUCAUCCACAGGGGAACCAAGUGAUGGCCUAAGACAGUCAAUGCAAGAAAUAGUUGAUAAAUUCAUGCAAGAUGAACGUAAACAGCCAUAAAUUUUAAAUGUAAAAAAAAAACUGGUAUUUUCUUCUACAGAAGAUAUACUGUAGAAGACAAUUUAUGUUUGAUUUGGACUGUAAUUAUUUAUUGUGAAGUAAAGCAUAUUGCUUGAGAAUGGUGCUGCUUAAAAUUUUUCUUAAAUAUGUCAUUACUCUAUUUCACUGUGGGAUUUAUAAAACUUAUAAACAGAACAUUCAGAGAAAUCUUUCAUGUUAGACUUUGAGGAAAAUAAAUACAGCAACUUAUUUUCAGAUAUUUUGAGCUUUGAAGUCUAUUUUGUAUGAGUUGUGUUCAUCAAACUGGACUGUAAUAUAUAUAUUUGUGAAAUAAAGUGUUAUUUGUGACUUAAAAUAAGUUCAUUGAUGUGCAAAGAUAUAGAAAGAGAAGAGUGUCAAAAUCUCAAAAAUUAAUUUUGUUUUCUUCUGUUCACUUUUAAAAAUAUUACUUUAUAUCUGUAGUUGCAAAUGUAGAGUCUACAUUGUUUUAUCUGACACUAUUAAACUGGAAAAGUAAAUUCUAUCAGAUUAGAAACUGAAGGUAAUAUUGGUUCAAUGAUUUUCUUGUUGCUGAACAUGUCUAGCCCCAAAGAGCAAGCUAACAGGGAAGCAUUGUUGACAAGCGAACAGCUGAUAUUAAAAUUGAGAUGAUUUGUGCUUCUGAUUGCAAACAAAAUUGAAAGGUAUUAAUUUUGAUGUAAUUUGUAAAUAUUUUGAAUAAUGGAAGUGGCUGUUAAAGAAUUCUGACCUGCCCUUUUUUUCUAUUGUACUUAUCGGAAUAAAUAUUUUGAGAAAUAUGCACCAGCUCAUUUAUACUAUGCUUUUCACAGCACAAAUUACUUCACUGCCUAUUGUGUGGUACUAUGCUAGUGCCACUAUAGUAAAGGAUGUCAUAGAUUAACAUGCAUUUCUCAGCUUGUUUGUUCCUCAAAAAGUUAUAGUGCAGAAAUGAAGAGACUAGUUGAUGAAUUUGUAACAGAAGCUAAUUGGAAAACAAGUAUAUGUUGUAAUAAUGGAAUAAGGAUAAACUGACUAUUGAAGCAGCAAUAUAAAUUAAUUCAUAGAGUUGCAUAGUGUAUCAAAAUAGAAGUGUGCCUAAUUUUUCUCAAUGAAAUUUGUCUUUCUGAGUCACUGACCCAGCUCUUACAUUGCUCCUUGACAGAAGACAAGUGUCACUGUUAAUAGGCCUGUUGUUUUGUAUGCCCUACCUGUUCAGUUUUGAAUGUAAUUCUUAGGAAUAAUGGACUUGUGAACUUACAAUUACAACCAAGAAAGCAGAAGGAGCCAAGUGCAAUUACAACUGUAUUUUUCUUGUUUACGCAGUACCAGUAUAAUUGGAAUGUGGCCAAUGCAAGGUACAGUUUUGUGAAAAUGUUUUCUGCUGUGGAGAUUGAUUUGGAAUUCCUUAUAGAAGCUCUAAAUGAUGCAUUGGUGCAUGUAUCAUAUUUUCUAAUGUCCUGGAAUAAUGUAUUAUUCUCUUAAGCAGUCUGUAACACACACACACACACACACACACACACACACACACACACACACACAUGCAUGUGUGGCUGCAGGUGCACACACACACACACACACACACACACACACACACACACACACACACACACACAGAUGUGUGCUUUAAUAGAUGCCUCUCACAGACAUAAUGGACAGUGAUCUCAGAAAUGCAAAUUAUUCAAACAAUAAAUGUAGAUACCUGUAGAAUUAUUAGGAGAGUCAUAUUUUGUAUGUGGCAAUGGAAGUUUGUUUGACUGUUAGCUAAUUUGAAACUGAAUUUUGAAGCCAUAUGACUUGCAGAAGCUAGUUACUGUUGAAUAUUGAAAUUUUUAAUAAAUAGUUACAAAAAGAAUUCAUAAUAUUUUGUAUAUAUAGAAUAUAAAUUACAUUAAGCUUUAUUGAAGGUACUUCAAGAUAAACGCCAAAGGCAAGAUUGAUUCUCAUGGUCUUCGAUGCUGAAGGUAUAUAUUGAUGUAAUGGUACAAAAUCAUUUUGACUUUCUAAAAUAAUAACUUAACCUAAUGUUGCUUGAUUGGUGGAGACCUAGGUUAACAGCACACAGCAUUAUUCACUAGUGUUGUUAAACAGCUGUUCAUCAACAAAAUAUUUGCACCCAAACUUGAGUGAAUUGGUGAGUGAUAGGCAGUUGCUGUUGGAAAUACAUGUGAAUUUUUAGAUCCAUGUUAUGAAAUGUGUGAGAUGUGAAAUUUCUUGAAAGUCCUCAUACCCCUUACACUGCAGCUUUUACUAGUAAUUCAAGACCAAUGAUAUAUUAGCACUUGUAUCGUAUUUUCUAAAUUGUAUUCAUUUUGCUCCAUUUGGGGUACCAUCGUUUACCAUAAAUGGUGCCAGAUAGUGCAUGGGAACUAUUGUUUGCACAGGUACAGUCUCUGUUCUUCUUCUGUGUUUAUCAGUAGGGUAUGUUGUGGUGACUUUUUUCUUUUCCUUUUUUUUUUGGGGGGGGGGGGGGAGGGGGGAUCUUUCAUAAGCAGAAUUUUUGUGGUUUGUGACUGACCUUAAAUGGAACUGUCAGUAAUGAUGUUUUCACCUAUCUCCUGGCAUUUGUUUGCAUUCCAUACCAAAAUGCAAUACUACUCUACUAUUCACAAGAGAAAAAUAGUAUGCCUAACAAGAAAUAAAUACCUCAUUCCAAUUAAAUUUGCAUAAGGAAUAAUACUUUGACUAAACAGUAAUAGUAACAAUAUUAGUAACUCCAAGUUUUCUAAAUUUAAAAAAAAUGUGGAAAGUAGUUUGUCUACUGUUAAUUGCUUGAGAAGUGCAACAAGUUUUGAGAUCUUUUAUGACACUUUGUUUUAUUUUGUAAUAAGAAGUGUAAAGAAAAUAUUUUAGUCCAUCUGAGAACUGUUGUAUAAUAUUUCUGUGAUGUUUGAAAUAAAUGUUAUGAAUGGAAGAUGUGAGUUACUAAACAACACUUUCUUAUUUAGGUUAUGCAAUGUCACCAGAGGUUUUGUAUAUAUUGUAAAACAUUAGUAGAAUUAUUAUGCUUAGAAUAACUUCCGUAAGCACAGAUUAUGAAACACUGCAUAGAUAUUUUCAGAGAUUUUUAUUUUCAUAUAGCAAAACAUUGUCUGUAUAAAAUAUGUUCAUUAUGUAUGACUGUCAUGGAUUCCUCUUUCUUGCUAUAUUCUUGUCACCUAAAACAUAAAGUUUAGGAUAAUGGUGACAUGAAGAAAUAUUGUGAGACAGAGUGUAUAAAUAUGUCAAGUUCCAGGAAGGUGGAAUGGUGGGAUUUAAAAUAUUAUUUUAUAAUACUAUCAGAAAUGGUCAUUUCAAUAUAAGUUUUUAAAAGUUAUGGGGCCACUGCACAGAAGUUGCACUGUAGCAGGUUAGCACCAAUCUGUUGCCUUAUGUUAUGUUAAGGACAAACUAUGAACUAUCUAAUGAAAAUAUAUGUCUAUCAGAAACCAGCUAAGUGAUUAAUGUUUGUGUCUUCACAGUAAAAAGCUUGAUUAGCUUGUAAGAAGUAAGAAACUGUGUGUUUGUAAUUUCUGUCAUUGUGUGUGAGACUUUUUUUUAAUUUAUGCAGCUAAAGUUUAAAAUGCUAUUAAGAUGCAUCUAUAGCUUCUAAGAAGUGUCAGUAAUGUAAUAUAAAUAAAAUAAAGCCACCUCUUAUUUGUUUAAA